AUGUUAAAUUCAAGAUUUACAUUAAUAGGUAGAAGGUAUUAUACAGUCAUAAAUAGUUUUGGCAAAAAUAAAUCGCCAAAUGUUAAAAGUGUAAACACCUUAUCUCAUAUUUUGCAAGGUAUAAUACAAAAUUACACUCCACCAAAACUAAAACAGCUCUUGCUAUAUAAUAACAUUUGUUUAUUAACUUGCCGUGGACUUAACAAGGAAUAUUUCAAGGAUUUCUAUAAAACAAUGAGAGAAGGAUCUAAAUCAGCCUUAAGAUAUUUAUUUGAUAAUAUUAACAAUAAUAAUUUGGAUGCAUUAUCUAAGUGUUGUGAAGAAAAAUUAUAUAAUAAGAUGUUUAAAGAACUAAGUGAAGUUAGACAAACUGGAGUAAAACUGGUCAUUAACCUAGAAGUUAUUAAGAAUUGUACUGUAGAUAAUAUUGAAGUUUUAUUAGGGCUACAAAGAGGAGAUCGUAUUAUCUAUGAUACAAUCUCUAAUGUGAUGGGCUUACAUAUUCCAAUGUAUAUAAAUAAGCAAUUUAAACAUAAAGAUCUUGUUAAUGAAAUUAUUGAUAGAGGAGCUGUUGUCAUGGUGGAUGUAUCUAUAAAAGUUAAACAAAAAUUGCUUCUUUAUGACUUAGAGGGUAAUAAUAUAACUGAAUCAUAUAUAAAUACUUUCAAUACAUUAGAAUACAAACAUAUGCUACAGCCUAUUGAUACAAUUCAUUUAUUACGCUUUGAAAGUAGUAUAAUGCCUAAUACUACAAAUUCUAUAUUUGCAUUUGUAAAUCAAAAUAAUGAGAGUUUUGGACAAGAAUCCUUUCAAUGUACUGAAUGGAUUCUUUGUGAUUUCAAUGGAAUAUUAAAUAAAAAUUAUCCACUAGAUGUUUCAAUUUAG